AUGGAUGACGAGUCCAAGACACAGUCAUUCAUCAACUCAGUAACCGGACUCUUCGUCGACGUCGCCGUCGUCUUCCACGCCGAAUCACGCCAACACGUCGUCUUCUGGAGCGACAUCCUCAGUGCCUUCCCCGGCGUCGCCAACCUCACCAUCAAGAACGGCACCGCUGCCGUCCCCUUUGCCAAAGAUGACUCUUACGACAAGAUCGAGCAAGUCAACUUUGAGCGCAACUAUGCUCAAUCAGAGGACUUCUCUGAAGUACCGUCCGACAAAUUCUACGAUCGUUUUCUCAAUGUGGUCGCCGAAGGCGAGAUGGAGAGUGAACAGGACAUUGAAGAAGUGGCUAUAGGGAUGGGACGCGUAGACCUCAGAGACUUCUCGGCUAUCGAGUACCACCAGUUCUCCUCCGGCGACCGCGACCGCAUCGCCACGGCCCUUCCCGCCAUCACCUCCCCCUCCUCAGACGACCACAUCAACGGAAACGGAAUCGACAGGAACACCACCCCACCUCUCUCGACAACUAGUUCCACUGAAUCAGGAACCGGCUCAGGCGUCUCGACCUCUUCCGCCACAAACAUCCCACCCAGCAAUAUUGAUACCGCAGAGACUGGGGCUAGUGUGGCGUCGGGUGCGACUGCGGUCCCGGAUCCGACAGAGAUUGAUCCGGUGGAGGCCACGUCGAGUUGGGCAUCGAUUUUCAGGACGCUGGGGGAUCUCCAGGCGCAUUAUCAGUUGACGCCUGAGGAGACUACCACUAUGUUUACCGAGAUUAGUCAGAGCACCUGA